AUGUCAUCUCAGACUGACCUUCAAGUUAGGCCCUCCUCAGCAUUCAAGAGGGUCAAAGAUAAAAUCCAGGCCUGCGUGGACAUUAAGAAGAAACACGAUAUGCAACUUGCCGAAUUAGGGGAACCGACCGACUCCUACUGCUAUAAAGCUACUUUGGUCAAGUAUCAUUGCCCCCAGAAAGAUGAGCUUCAUACAACCACUGAUACUGAGGCAUUCGUAAAUAGUUGGGAGCCACUAGGCUCAGAACUUUUCCAAAGGCGUAUGGAACAGAAUGACGAGAGGGAAAGAAAAACCAUGAAGGCACACUUACAGAGACUCCAUGAAAGAGUCAAGCGCCUGUUCCAAAGCCCCGCAGUGGAUGUUACCUUUCCCAACUUUCGGUGGACGAGGAGAUAUAAUGACAUCUACGCAACCUGGAUGGGACACUCGUGUGUCUACAUGGAAUUCUACAUGAAUGGUCUCACUGUCCUUUGUGACCCCGUCUUUGAAGAUACAUGUGUGUAUCGAGGAGUGAAGGAACACCGUCUCAAUCCACCGCCGUGCAAGCUCGAGGAUAUCCCCUUUGUCGACAUCGUCUUGAUUUCUAACAGCCACCCUCAGCACUUUUCUUAUCGCACGAUAAAAAAGAUCCAUAAGAUUCAUCCCUUCUGUCGGUUUAUGGUCCCGAGAGGAUGCGCAGACUGGUUCAGAGAGAAUGGUAUCGAUACAGUGACCGAGUUUGACUGGUAUGAGAAGGUGGACUUUCAGGCCCUGCCAUACGCCAAUGCAUCGGACACCACUCCGAUUGCGGAUAUUGGACGCUACAGAAACAAAGAGAUGGAAGCCACUAUAUGGUGUCUUCCCUGCCAGUACGAAAGCCCUAUGGGCCCGGGGAGCAGGGCAAAGGGGCUCUGGGCUGCAUGGCUGAUACAGACGGGAAUGUGCAAUGUCUAUUUCUGCGGGGCAACUGGAUACCGAACUCCAGAAGAUGUCCCGCCCGGCGCGGAUCCCCUCUUUACGAGAGUCGCAAAACGUCCGUACACUAAUAACCGCUGCCCCCGGGAGUUGUGCAAGAUCAUCGGAGACAUACGCCCCCAUAUAGAUCUUGCAUGCAUCCCAAUUGGCGGAUAUAAACCCCGUAGUCUCUGGAGCGGGAGGAACUGCGACCCCACCGAUGCGAUAAUGAUGCUCGAGGACUUGGGGGCCCAGUUUGGCCUCGCCAUAGGCUAUGGCACCUGGGGAACCACGAACAAAGAGUUCAGAGCAAUUGAGGACGAGCUUGAGCGUGCCUCCAUCGCACGGCAGUGUAAAAAAAAUAAGUUCAAUACCACAGGAAUUGGCCAUACCAUAGGAUACGGUGAAUACGGUGCUCACGCACCGCUGGACCCGCAGCAUCUCUGCAAAAACAGGUCCGAGUGGCUGAAGGCGAAAUUGAGCGAAAAAAGGGGUCGUGAGUCUUUCUGUGGAAGAGGAUUAUACAGGCCUCGUGCACAGUAAGAGAUGGCCAUCUGAUAUAGAGGUGUCCUUCCCCUUUGGGCAUUCACAGCCUGUUGUCGCCGCCGAGCGUCCCUGUUUGGAAUAGUGUGCAUGUUUGUUUUGACGCCCGUCCUCAGGUGGGAUGUCCUUAUAAAAGCCCCUUCUUCUCCUUCUUGUCCUUCUUUUCUUUCUCCUUCUUCUUCUUCUCUCUCUUUUCUUCCUGUUCAUAACAAACAACUCUUUACACAAAUGAAACCACACUCCUUUAUAUAUACUCCUAUUCACCAGACAUAUAUGUAUACUGUCUUAUGUAUAUAUCCUGUCUAGCAGGAUUAUUCU